AUGCCCCUCGACACCUCAACCUACUCCCUCGCUCUCCUCCGUCUUGACGGUCGAAGAUGGAACGAACUUCGACGUGUUACAGCACAGAUUUCUACUCAGCCAGCCUCCGAUGGAUCAUCAUAUCUCUCAAUGGGUAAUACCCAAGUCCUCUGCACAGUGACCGGUCCUUGCGAUCCGUCAAAAUUACGAUCCAUUGGCGGUGGGGGUAAUAGUAAUGCUGGGGAGAAGGCAGAGGUGAGAGUUGAGAUAAGCUUUGCUGGCUUCGCGGGUGUAGAUAGGAAGAAAUAUGGUAGGAAUGACAAACGUAUCCAAGAACUUUCAAAUACUCUGUCCACGACUUUUACUCCUCACCUCCUCACUACCUUGACUUCCAAUUCAACAAUUCUUCUUUCCCUCCAUAUUUUAUCCCUUGACGGGUCGCUGCUCUCUGCUCUUAUCAAUGCGUCAACUCUUGCUUUGAUUGAUGCCGGUAUCCCAAUGCCCUCUUAUAUUUGUGCUUGUACAGCAGGCUCCACAUCCUCAUACUCGAGCAAUGACGAGAAAGCAGACCCAUUGUUGGAUUUGAAUUUAAGCGAGGAACAGGAACUACCAUUCCUUACUGUUGCCACAGCUGGAGAAGGCGAUGGCGAUGGAGUUGUGGCAUUGGUGAUGGAGACGAGGGUGCAGGCGGGUAGAUUGGAGGGUAUGCUGGCUGUGGGAGUGGAUGGGUGUAAGCAGGUGAGAGAAAUUUUAGAUGGAGUGAUUAGGAGUAGGGGGAAGAAAAUGUUGGGUGGUGCAAUGGCUUAA